AUGGCUCAAUGCUUUCUUGGAAAGAAUCUGAUAUCGCUCUCCAGCAAUGCACUCACUGAAUUGGGGCUAAGGCGAUACUGCUGCCGACGCAUGGUUUUAACCCACGUUGAUCUCAUCGAAAAAUUACUACAGUACAAUCGUAUGGAACGAUCCAAAGACAAGAACAUUGGGGGGUAGAAGAAUUCAGAACACGUACCAUUAACCCAUUCCGAACCCAUAUAAUUCGAGACUUAACAUCAAAGUCAACCCAUAGUUAGAAGCACCCCAUCAAGUUCCCUGGCUACGACGUUAUUCGGACUCAAGUGUUUCAGUUCCCUGCGUCGCCUCGCAUUUAGUGCUGUGUUAGAGACAUCCCAUGCCACUCACUGAAGUUUUGCCUUUUCCCCUCGUUCUUUGCACUCUUGAGCCGCCAUCUUCCACUCAUUGCAUUUGACGUAUAGAUCCACCCGUAACUUAGAGUCGCACUUGGGGACAAA